CAGGUUUUUGACACAACGGUGUAUAUCGGGGAUCAGGUAAAGCUAGGUUAUCUUUACCGGCGGUUAGACUACUGAUGACACGAUGUUAGGAAUAUUUUCUCAAUUGACAGUUAUCUUUGAAGUAGUGCUCAGUCGGGUAAGUUACAAACUUAAGUUCAGUUGCGUCUGCAGGACAUUUAACCUUUUGGUUUUGUAUAUUUAUUCCACUGAUAUUAAGGGAUUCAAAGCUACAAGCUAGCUCUGUCAAACUUGACAGAGAUAACAGUAUGUCUGCUUUAUCACUAUCCUGUUGGAGUAAACUCCAGCUGAGACCACAGAACAUAAGGGCACUUCUUCAAAAGAGCAUCUGUGUUUGUCCAAACCAAGACUCCAGACACCACAGCUCUGGAAAGCACAAAAGGAGGGUUGUUAUUACAGGCAUAGGGUUAGUGUGUCCUCUGGGCACAGGGACCACGCUACCCUGGGACCGCCUGAUUAAAGGCCAGAGUGGGAUUGUUGCUCUUGAGUCAGAGGAGUACAAGACGGUUCCCUGUAAAGUGGCAGCACUGGUACCCAGAGGGAAUGAACAAGGUCAGUUUAAGGAGGAGAGGUUUGCCUCUAGUGGGGAGAUCAACAGCAUGUCAUCAGCCACUGUAAUGGCCCUCGGAGCUGCUCAGCUGGCUCUGGAGGACUCAGGGUGGUACCCCAAAACCCUAGAGGAACAGCUCAAGACUGGGGUGGCUGUUGGCAUGGGCAUGGUGUCACUGGAUGAAAUCGCUCGCACCUCCAUUGCCUUCCAAGAAAAGGGCUACAAAAAAGUCAGUCCCUUCUUUGUGCCUCGCAUCCUUGUCAACAUGGCUGCUGGGCACAUAAGUAUCAAACACAAACUGAAGGGUCCCAACCAUGCUGUGUCUACAGCAUGCACCACAGGCGCACACUCCGUAGGCGAUGCUGCCAGGUUCAUUGCCCAUGGGGAUGCAGUUGCUAUGGUUACAGGGGGAACAGAAUCCUGCGUGGGGCCUCUGUCAAUAGCCGGCUUUGCCAGGGCGCGCGCCCUCGCCACCAAAUGGAACGAUAACCCCACGCAGGCGUCGAGACCCUUUCACCCAGAGAGAGAGGGCUUUGUGAUGGGCGAAGGAACCGCAGUGCUCCUUCUGGAGGAGUUGGACCAUGCAGUGAAAAGAGGAGCCAGGAUCUAUGCAGAAGUCCUGGGCUAUGGACUCUCAGGCGAUGCCAGCCACAUCACCGCACCCACUGCAGAUGGAGAUGGAGCAUUCAGAUGCAUGUCUGCAGCCCUCAGAGAUGCUGGCGUCUCACCAGCAGAUGUGACAUAUGUGAACGCUCACGCCACAUCCACGCCUUUGGGUGAUGCGGCUGAAAAUGCCGCCAUCAAGAGGCUCUUCCAGCAAAGCGUUGAGAAGCUGGCUGUCUCGUCCACCAAGGGAGCCACGGGACACCUGCUCGGGGCCGCGGGGGCCCUGGAGGCAGCAUUCACUGCUUUGGCCUGCUACCACGGGGUCCUGCCCCCGACCCUCAACCUGGACCGCACCGAGCCAGAGUUUGACCUGAAUUAUGUUCCCUGCAAAGCGCAGCCAUGGCGGACCCAGGGCCGACGGGUCGCCCUCACAAACUCCUUUGGAUUUGGCGGCACCAACGCCUCGCUGUGUCUUGCCAGCGUCUGAUGAGCAGUCUGCAUUCUUUACCUCUGAUACGAUAGAUUCAGUAGAAUUGAUCAGUACUACUACUGGUUGUUUGUGGGAAGUUCUUAUGAACUGAUUUUAAGGAAAAAAUAUAAAAUAUCAAUGACAGGCUUUAUAGUAUAAAUAGUGAAUGUCAGAGUAAACUUUAUUUGUAACUCUGUUUGGAAGAGCAGUCAGGCUCUUUUUGGAAGCUUGCGUGGCUUUUGUGUGGCUCUGCUCACCAAUAUUAUUGUCAGUAUUUGUGGAAAGUAACUAACCCACACAAUUGUUUGGUUUAUAAAAUAGUAAAAUAUAUUAUAUUAUAAAAUUUAAUAGAGAUAAAUGCCUGUUACAGUUUCCCAAAGCCAAAGGGGAUAUUUUCAUAUGUCUUGUUCUGUUUAACCAACAGCCCAGAAAUAUUCAGUUUACAAUUAUAUAAAACAAAAAAGCAGAAAAUCCUCACAUUGGAGAAGAAUUUGUGUUUUUUCUUGAAAAAUUCUGUAAAUAAUUAUUUGAUUAUCACAAUGGAAAAUAGUUGCUGAUAAAUUUUCUGACGAUUGAUUAAUCGAUUCAUGGAUGAAUUGUUUUAGAGCUUUUUUUCUGUUUUCCAAAUUACUACUAAGUUGAAGUCUAUGUAGAAGUCAUUCGUUAUCUCUUGUCUCAACGAGUCUGUUAACUGUCUUGCUCCACAGACUAAACUCCAACUGAGGGCUUUUGGCCAUGACGUUAUCAAAAGAAGAAAAGGGGCAUUUCAAGAGCUGAAACAUUAGCAAACAACAAUUAUUCAGUACUCGGUUUUCCAGAGCACUUAAUAAUAUCACCUAAUAUGGACGAAUUUGACAGAUUUCUUAAUGCAAAAGCAGUUUGAAGACUGUGAUGAGAUGGACCUAACUUUGUGCUGAUUAUACUUCCCAGUAUGUAGUGAAUAUUGUGUGUGACACAAAGUAUAGUGCUGUAGCUACCACUGAGGACACCAAGGACAUGUCCUCAGGGGGUUUUAAUGACCCAAAGAGACAGUUACCUUUUACACACAAAUUACACAUGGUAGAUUUUUAGGCAAAUUCGGUUAUUUUAUUUUUUAUCAAGUUUCGACAAAAUCUGGUGAAGCGAAUCUAAGAUCAAAUGUCCACUUACUAAUGACUCGCGUCUCUUGGUCUUCAUCUGCUGAAUGAAAGCUGCCAAAUGCAGCCCUUGAUCUGAGCCAAUUUGUGAAUGGCUAUUUGCGAUAUAGCCCAUAGUAUAUGACCAUUCGUUAUCAUAUGACCAAAAGUUCACAUCCAGGUCAUGUGAUGACUCCUGAACCAGCUCCAUUCACUGAAUGAAGACCAUGGAAUGUGGCUGAAAGCUCUGGAUUCUGUAAAGUAAUUUGUGCUUAUUGCUUGAAAAUUGCUCUAUAAAUAAAAUGAUGAUGAUGAUGAUGAUGA